AGAAAGAGGGGUGCAGGACCGGACUCCCCCACACUCCGUGACGCCAUCAAUUAACAGUGCCUAGCACAAUGAGGCCCAGAAGUUGCUGUGUCCUCCAGCACCCUGUAAUAAUGAUAACAAAAUGGAUGGACAUGAGCCCCUUGCCUUGAAGGGGUUUGGAUUUGAGAUACACUUUGGGUCCAUUGCUAGUGUUCAAACGGAAUGAACAUUCCCUCUGCGUGUUUUAGCUCUUCGUUAGUUUGGGCACCGCCAGGUCUUUUCCUGAGCGAUGGCUCAAGCAGCAGGGCAGGCACUGAACGUGUUAAUUACGCAUGCGCCAGUUGUUUCUGUUUCCUGUUGUGGCUUCUCAUUUUCCUUUGCCAGCUGAGCUGACUGAGCUCAGACCAUUGUUGUUAAACCUACAGGGCUGACUGGUCUCCAACCUACAGCCCUGCAAUGGCUUUCCGCACGUCGGGGCGGCUUCAGCUGCUGAGCUUAUUGCUGGGUCUCUCUUCCAUGGACAGGUCAGGUGCCGGGGCCCAGGAGUUCCAGCUGCUGCAGCCCCAGGGCGCCGUGUGGGUGUCACCGGGAGAGAAUCUCACUCUGAGCUGCUCUGUGACUGGGAAUGCUACAGCAGGACCCGUGAAGUGGUUCAAGGGCUCGGGCAGUGGCCGCCAGCUCGUUUAUGCAGACAAGGAGCCACACCCCCCCCGGGUGACACGGGCUGUGAGUGGCUCUGACACAGACUUCACCAUCCGCAUCAGUGACACCCGCCCCGAGGACACCGGGAUCUAUCACUGUGUGAAGUUUAAGAAGGGGUCAGGAGCCGAUGAGGAGAUCAGAUCCGGCGCUGGCACGGCCGUGUCUGUGAGCGGUCACCCCCCGGCUUCACCUGUGGCUGCUGCUGCCGGGACAGUCUGUGUCCUCCUGGUCGUUUUAUUCCUUGUCUCCACUUACUUCUUUGUGAGAAAGAAGAGAGGUAGGAGCCUCCGCACAGCCAGGUCUCAGACUCCCUUUCCAGACACCAUGAGGACUCAGAGCCAGCCCGGUGCUAACAAAGACUCUGACGUGCUCUACGCUGACCUGCAGCACUCGGCCGAGCCCCAGCAGCCCAAGAAGAGCGUCCCAGCAGAGCCUUCUGAAUACGCUGCCGUGAAGGUAACCCAGGCCAUCGCCAGGUAGAGGGAGAAGGCAGCGAGGCUCUGGACACCCUCGGAGAGACUGUCGGAGGAGGAAGCAGCAGCUCUCUGCAGAACACAGCGCACAGGCAUCCAGGUCACACACGGUCUGCCCCGUGGGGGGCCAGGAACUGACACAGAGUCUCUUGUUCCCUGGCACCUUAUUGCGAUAUCGCGGGUGACUCAGAACCGGGGAACUCAUGACCUGGAGAGCCAGCAGCCGCCUGGCAUGUUCCUGUUUUCAUAAACAAUUAAAGGUUUCAAUCAUAUUCUCUCUAA